AUGACAGAGGAAGUUCUUUUAGCUAAAGAAAUAGAGGCACUUAAAGACCAAAUAACGAAUUUAAAGGCGGCAAUUAAUGCUUUACAGGAAGAUACGGAGAAAAAAGAAGUCGCCAUAGCAAGACUAGCUCGAGAAAAGGAAAAAUUACAUUUAGAUCUUUUGAAACAGAAAAGAUCCAAUAAUAGUUUAGCCAAGCAGUUAAAAGAUGAAAGGGAGUUUUAUUUUAAGGAAAAAGAAAUUUAUUGUCAAGAAAUGAAUGAAUGUAAAAAAAUUAAAAGGUUAAUAAGUAGUUCUUCGUUAGCUGGCGAUGAUAAAACUGUAGCAGAAUGUAAAAGUGAAAUUAUGAAAUUGAAGCAAACUUUGAAUCAGACUUUGGAAGCUAAUUAUAAUUUAAGCAUAAAAUUUUUAAGAAUGAAAAACACAAAAACGUGUUUGAAGACGGAAUUCAAAACAAUGAAAUUGGAACAUGAAAAGUUGGAAAACGACUAUAAAAUGAAAAUAGAAAAUUUAACCUCGGAGCUGAAUGAUUUAGUAAAUGAAAAAUUGCAUAGUUCAAUUUCUCCAAGCAGUAAGAAAUAUCUACAGCUGGUUAAACAAAACGGUUGUUUAGUCUAUGAGAAUCUUUGUCUCCAGUUAGAAGUUGAUAAUCUCAAUUUAAAAUUUGAAAAGUUGAAAUUAGAAAGAACGAGAAGUGAAACCAAUAGUAGGCUAAAAUAUAUACACCACGAAAUUCCUACUAAAAGAAAUGAGAGGCCUGAUAAAAAAAAGCUUCAUAAAGAUCCGAAAAGAGUACGAAUUCAAGAUGAGACUCCUGAAAAACUGGAAAAAGAGCCUAGACCUUCUUGUAGUGGCAUUCAGUCAUCUAAAAAUGAAAAAGUUAUAAAAAUUUUUGAAAGAAAACAGACUGCUGGAGUACCCGAAAUCAAAAUAUUAAAUGAAAAAGAAACUAAAACGAAAAAGGCCAAAAAGAAAUCUCAAUCUAAUAUUAAUAGCCGCAAUAAAGAGAAAACAACUAAAGAAAAUGGCAAUGGCGAUCUGAGGAAUCCCUUUCCUCAAAUAGGUCCAGUUCUAGAAAAUUAUGAGAUAAAGAUAGAUGAGAAAUAUAUGCAGUCAUCGGCGGCCUCGAGUGUUUCAGUAGCACCCAGUUUAACGAGAAGUCAGUCAUCACCUGACAUUGUGCAGGGUACUUCCUUUUAUAAGACAAAUAUCAAGUAA